CGCUGGGCUGGGGGCUGCCGCCGGCUCCGCUCGCUCUGCCCCUGCCUCCGCCUGCCCUCCAGGAUGAGCCCGGAGUAUUUCCUGCGCUCCUUGCUGCUCAUCAUCCUCGCCACCUUCUCGGCCAACGCCAGCAACUGGCUGUACCUGGCCAAGCUGUCUUCGGUGGGGAGCAUCUCCGAGGAGGAGACCUGCGAGAAGCUGAAGGGCCUGAUCCAGCGCCAGGUGCAGAUGUGCAAGAGGAACCUGGAGGUGAUGGACUCGGUGCGGCGCGGGGCCCAGCUGGCCAUCGAGGAGUGCCAGUACCAGUUCCGCAACCGCCGCUGGAACUGCUCCACGCUGGACACGCUGCCCGUCUUCGGCAAGGUGGUGACACAAGGGACGCGGGAGGCUGCGUUUGUCUACGCCAUCUCCUCGGCGGGGGUGGCCUUCGCCGUGACGCGCGCCUGCAGCAGCGGCGAGCUCGACAAGUGCGGCUGCGACCGCACGGUGCAGGGCGGCAGCCCCCAAGGCUUCCAGUGGUCGGGCUGCUCCGAUAACAUCGCCUACGGCGUGGCCUUCUCACAGUCCUUCGUCGACAUCCGGGAGAGGAGCAAAGGGGCUUCUUCCAACAGAGCGUUAAUGAACCUCCACAACAACGAGGCGGGGAGGAAGGCCAUCUUGAACAACAUGAGGGUGGAGUGCAAGUGCCACGGCGUGUCGGGCUCGUGCGAGUUCAAGACGUGCUGGAAGGCCAUGCCCCCCUUCCGCAAAGUGGGCAACGUCCUGAAGGAGAAAUUCGACGGGGCCACGGAGGUCGAGCAGAGCGAGGUCGGCUCCACCAAAGUGCUGGUGCCCAAAAACUCCCAGUUCAAGCCACACACAGACGAGGAUCUCGUCUACCUGGACUCCAGCCCCGACUUCUGUGAGCACGACCUCAAGAACGGGGUGCUGGGCACCAGCGGCCGGCAGUGCAACAAGACCUCCAAGGCCAUCGACGGCUGCGAGCUGAUGUGCUGCGGCCGGGGCUUUCACACGGACGAAGUGGAGGUUGUGGAAAGGUGCAGCUGCAAAUUCCACUGGUGCUGCUCCGUCAAGUGCAAACCCUGCCAUCGGGUGGUGGAGAUCCACACGUGCCGGUGAUGCACGUGGCCCCUCUCUUAACUGACCCUGCUUCUCCCUUUGCCCCACGGCCAGGACUGAGGAAGUAAACCCAGAGGCUGCAGGGAGAGCAGCGGCUCCUCACAGAGACACAGCCCCAGGGGAAAACAGAUUUUAAAGAGAGAAAAAAAGAAAUAUUUAAAGUUUCAAAAAA